UUCUGAAUCUUCGUCGCUUUUUUUCAGACACUGAGUUGAAAUGGACAAACUGUACACGCUCCCUCCCGCCGACCACUUCAGGUCUCUCAAAAUCCAAUUCGCAGCAGCCCUUACUGGGCACAAAUUGGAAGUGCUCAACAAGGAGCCGGACUUUGUGUUCGGUGAAACUAACAAGACUCCUGAGUUCCUGGCCAAGUUCCCCAUGGGAAAAGUGCCGGCACUUGAGACAAAGAAAGGCGAGGCAGUCUUCGAGAGCAACGCGAUUGCCUAUUACGUUGCGGACGAGCAACUGCGAGGAAAACACGUGAUUGAUGCCGCUCAAGUUCAGCAGUGGAUCAACUUUGCCGAUAACGAGAUCCUGCCAUCGGCUUGCACAUGGGUUUUCCCGACAAUGGGGAUAACUCAGUUCAACAAAGCCGAAACGGAGGCUGCAAAGGAGCAUUUGAAGAAGUGCUUGGAUGUUUUGAAUGUCUAUCUGACCAGCCGAACCUUUUUAGUUGGUGAGCGAAUGACGCUUGCCGACAUUGUUCUGAGCUGCAACAUGAGAAUGUUGUUCACGGAUGUGAUGGAUCCCGAAUUCAGGGCACCAUACCCGAACGUCAUCAGAUGGUUCGAAACUAUCGUGAAUCAUCCCGAGUUCCUCAAACUGGUGAAGGAAACUAAGAUGUGCAUGAAAGCCGCCCAACCGGACCCGAAAAAGUAUGCUGAGAUUCACGGCAAGGGAAAGGGAGGUGGAAAGAAAGAGGAAAAGAAGGAAGCCAAGUCGCCACAGGGCAAGAAGGGGGGAGGCAAAGAACAGGAAGAGUCAGCAGGUGAUGUUCCUCAGGAGAAGGCUGUGGAUCCCUUGGCUGCACUUCCUAAAGGAACCUUCGAUAUGGAUGCCUUUAAACGAGCUUACUCCAACGAAGACACUGAAUCGGUAGCGAUCCCUCUGUUCUGGAAAACUUUCGAUAAAGAGCACUACUCGAUAUACACAUGCGAGUACACCGAUAAGGAAUCACUCAAAGGCAAGAAGCCGUACAUGUCCAAGAAUCUGGUAAAAGGUAUGUUGCAACGAGUUGAAAAAUUGAGAAAGCAUGCUUUGGGAAUCAUGUACGUUUUGGGAGAUGACAAAGAACACACCGUCGAAGGCUUGUGGAUCUUCAAAGGUCAUGAAAUUGCGUUUGGUCUUUGCGACGAUUGGAACGUCGAUGCGCCUUCGUACACGUUCAAGAAGAUGGACGUGGACAACCCUGCUGACAAAGAGAAGAUCGAUUCGCUCAUCUUAGCGGAGACUGUGGGAUCUGCUACGUUCCCUCACGAGGAUCUCCUGCAGGCCUACGAGUGCCUCAAGUGAGAAGACGACUCGACUCAGAACAGUGACUGAUCAUUAAAGUGACUGAUUCUGAUGUGAUUGUCAUGUUGACAUUUGAGCAUUUUGUUUGAAACAAAUUUCGAUGUCGACUUGAUUUUGAAUUUAAAAUAUUUAAAAA